CGCCCGCUCUCUGGCUCUUGAAAUGCAGCCUGGACUAAUCAGCGCUCGCCUCAUCUCCGUUUGUGUUCAGCCAUUUUGUCAAGAAGAAACCCCAUCAAGUGUGCCGCCCUCCCUUCAGCUCCAGACCUGCAGUUAGUUUCUUGUGCAAUGGACGGCCGCCUAGACGCUGAAUUGUACCCUCUGGGAGCCGGCUACGUCCCUGAAAUUGACAGUGUCCAUGACAUAUCAGUUGGCACAAAGAGGGGAUCCGACGAACUCUUUUCUUCCUGCAUAUCCAACGGGCCCUAUAUCAUGAACUCAGCCAAUGGCAACGACAGCAAAAAAUUCAAAGGUGACGUCCGCAGUCCUGGUGUUCCGUCACGUGUGGUCCAUGUACGCAAGCUGCCCAACGACAUAAAUGAGGCCGAAGUUAUUGGCCUGGGACUGCCAUUUGGGAAGGUCACUAAUCUGCUGAUGCUGAAAGGGAAAAACCAGGCAUUCUUGGAAAUGACCAGCGAGGAGUGUGCACAGACGAUGGUGAGCUACUACUCCUCUGUCACCCCCGUCAUCAGAAACCACCCCAUUUACAUGCAAUACUCGACCCAUAAGGAGCUCAAGACGGACAACUCCCCCAACCAAGUGCGUGCCCAGGCCGCUCUGCAGGCAGUCAAUGCACUGCAUGGAGGUGGGAUGGCAAGCAUGGCCAUUCCCGCAGAUCCAGCGACCAUGGGAGGAGCAGGGUCCCAAAGCCCUGUACUCAGAGUCAUAGUGGAAAACCUCUUCUACCCCGUCACCCUGGAUGUGCUACACCAGAUUUUCUCCAAGUUCGGCACUGUGCUGAAGAUCAUCACCUUCACCAAGAACAACCAGUUCCAGGCUCUGAUCCAAUAUGCCGAUGGCUUGACGGCUCAGCACGCCAAACUGUCUCUGGAUGGUCAGAACAUCUACAAUGCCUGCUGUACCCUGAGAAUCAGCUUCUCCAAGCUCACCAGCCUCAAUGUCAAGUACAACAACGACAAGAGCCGGGAUUACACCCGGCCAGACCUCCCCACUGCGGAUUCACAGGCCUCCCUUGACCACCAGACCAUGGCAGCUGCUGCAUUUGCUGCUCCGGGUUUAAUCUCAGCCUCUCCUUAUGGUGGCGCUCAUGCCUUCCCUCCAGCCUUUGCUAUCCAACAGGCUCAAGGGCUGUCGAUGCCUGGUUUUCAAGGCCUGGCGUCCCUGGGUGUGGGCCAUGGCGGCAUGGCGGCUGCCGCAGCGGCCGCUAGCCGGCUCGGCCUGUCAGGGCUCACUGCCUCUGGGGGACACCAUGUUCUGUUGGUCAGCAAUUUGAACCCUGAGAGCGUUACGCCACACUGCCUCUUUAUUCUUUUCGGUGUAUACGGCGAUGUGAUGAGAGUGAAGAUCCUGUUUAAUAAAAAGGAGAAUGCUCUGAUCCAGAUGUCUGAUAGCACACAAGCUCAGCUAGCUAUGAGCCACCUGAAUGGCCAGCGUCUUCACGGCAGGGCCAUGCGUGUGACCUCAUCAAAACACACCACAGUGCAGCUGCCCAGAGAAGGCCACGAGGACCAGGGCCUCACAAAGGACUACAGCAACUCGCCGCUGCACCGCUUCAAGAAGCCUGGCUCCAAAAAUUACUCCAACAUCUUCCCACCCUCUGCAACACUCCACCUCUCCAACAUACCGCCUUCUGUGGUGGAGGAUGACCUCAGGAGGCUUUUUGCCAGCUCAGGAGCCACAGUCAAGGCCUUCAAGUUCUUUCAAAAAGACCGCAAGAUGGCCCUGAUCCAGAUGGGCUCAGUCGAGGAGGCGAUCGAGUCCCUCAUCGAGUUCCACAACCACGAUCUGGGAGAGAACCACCACCUUCGAGUGUCCUUCUCAAAGUCCACCAUUUGAGUGCCUUUCCUCCCUCCCUCCAGGUCUAUAUCCACCUGAAUGCUACUUUUGUUAAGGUUGCCUUCAGUGGAAAUGGCUGUUGUUCUUUGUAGAAUGUUGCUCCCUUCACCGUUCUUAAUCAUUCCCCAUCGUUAAUAGGUUUGGGUAUCAUAUUUAAUCUAUUUUGCUUCCAAUUCCUUUCCUCCUCCAAUUUUUAUUAAAAAGGUCUUUGCGCACCAAAUCAGUUUUUUUUUCGUAUGCAUUUUUUAAAAUCCGUCAUCCUAUAAAAAAAUAUUAAACACAGAAAACGUGCGCACGGAGUCUGAUGCGUUUUUAUAUUUCUGUUCGUUGCAAAAAUUAGAAACUGAAUUAAUUACGUGGGUGCGACUGAUAGCACUAGUCCCAAACGGGGCUAUGGAAUGCAUAACAUUAGCAAGAAGCUAUUGUUUAGCCACCCAGAGCACAAUCACAACCGUCUAAUCUUUCCUACAUCCUUUGUUUUGCAACCAUCCCCAAUUCCAAGCUGUCUUUAAAUUCUGCAACUCUGUAUUCUUUUAUUUCUUUAUCGUAAAGUGCUUUGCGCUGGGACACGAAGUGAAACAGUUUAUCAAGCCAUUUUGGAUGAUGACGUUUGCACGGACGGUGGCUCUGAGUGGUCAAACAACCCUCUUGUUUUUUGACGGAUGUGGGAAAAAAAUGUAGAAAAUCAAACCUUUUCCGAAAACUUUUAAGUCAGAAAAAAGUUUCAGAGUCGGUGUGUAAACGUGAUUGACACAACGUGAGGUCGUAUGUAUUUUUUAACGUGUGACAACUUCGGACGAAAAAUACGGACUUGGUGUGCAAAAGCAUAGUCACCAAAAUAUGUUGAAAACAAACCUUAUUUCCUUUGAUUUGCCGCGUCAUAAACUUAAAUCAGCACAGAAUACAAGGUAUUUUAAAUUAAAAUGUAGAUGAAUAUUUUCUCAUCACACAAAUUGUUUGGCGUCUUACGUUUGUUUGUAUUGUAAGUGUUGCUAUCAGCUGAUUCUGGGGCAUUCUGAUUUUGACAGAAGACCUCAACAACGCUGCAUUCUUGAACCACGCUGCAGUAUCUCCACUGGAGAAAGUUGUUUUCGCUUACAUUAUUUCCCUGUAUCCCUUUUGUGAAGCUUAGCUACACUUGUAAGCGGUAGGUCCUGCCCAUAAUGAUGUAAACACUCUUCACAUACCUCGGCGCAAGUGUGACAGACAAUGUAAACAAAUACGUCCAAACUUUAAAUGGAAUCGAAGCGUGUUUCUGGUUCCAGUUCAGGACAGGUUCUCGGUACCCAAACCAUUCAUUUGUUCCAUCAUAAAGUUGGGAAAAGGGGCAACAUUCUGCAAUGAAACAUGUUGUUAUAUUGGAGGUAAAGUAGGGGCAGCUGAUGAACUGUCACUUUAGACCAAAUCGCUAAAAAAAAAAGAAAAAGACACCCUCCACCACAGAUGCUUAUGUGGAUGAAUCGUAUCCACACCAGACACACUUCAGCAUUCCUUUUACUAUGAUAGCCGUGUGGAUAUAUCUAUAUGUGUGCGUGCCUUUUUUUCAAAUGCCACUUUGAACCUGUUUGGCCAGUCAGAAACGGUUUGAUACAAAAGGAUUUAGUUUUGGCUCACAGACCAACCAAACAAUCUAUUUCCCCAGUAUCCAUUUCGAUUUUAUCUUCUUGUAACAACCCGCUUAUUCGCUUCAGGGGAUCCAUACCACUAUCUGAAGUCAUUCAAUAAGGAUGCGUUUUUUCUUUCCAUAUCUGUAUCGACAGUCUUGUGCCUUACUUUGCCCCGACCAGAUUGCCUUAAGCAUCGCUCUGGCUUUAUUUGGAAAAUACUUUUUUUUUUUUUCAUGCCUUUUGUGGUAUGUACCAGCAUUGUUAAAACUGUGGGGAAAGUGGCUCAUUCAAUCUUCUGUUAAUUCUUAAAAACACAAAUGUUUAUCUAGGGAUUUGUACGCAUAUAUCCCCAUUUAUAUGUAUGUAGAAACUAUGAAUGUACGUCAGUUAGAUGCCUAAUAUCCUUGCUAGGUGAUGUAGCUCUGUUAGGUGUAUUGUGGCAGGAGUUAGAGCUGUAUCCAGCCCUCCUGUUUUACAGUCCCCGCUCACCUCCAUGUAGUCCUUUUUCUCAGGAGGGACACCCGGUGUUUGGGGCGUCAUUUAACCAUAUUAUGUUCAUCUAUACGUGGACACCUAUAUAUUCAUUUAUCUUUUCUUUUAAUGUUAGCAUUUACAUGUGUAUCACUUCUAAGCUUAACUGAUGUGUAGUGGCUGGGUUUGAUCAUUAUCACAGUGCCUUGAGUUUUUAAUCUGAGGCUGCAACACUUUUCUGGUCAGUUGGCUUUGUUUACCUCUCGUUCAGGUGUUUUAAUCUUACCGGUCUGCAAAGAUGCCUUUAUCUCAUUACAUUCAGGUUGAUCGUACCUGAGAGAGAGCAGCUCGGAGGCAUUCGUCAACCGAAUAAGUAACAGACUGUGUCUAACAAUCCUAAACCCAGUAUAUAUAUAUUUUUUCCUUAAAUUCAGGAUAAACAGGAUUACAAGGUGGGCUCGCCCUCACCCGAUCCCGUCUGUGUCCACUUUAAUGCCACAGUCAGGUUCUUUAGUGCACUUUUCCCUCAACCAUAGGUCCAAGUUGGCACCGUCACGCCGAAGUCUUAAACGUCGUCACAUUCCUGCGUGCCUCAGAGCACCGGUUUUUCCACAGCCUCGAUCGACCACUGUAGUUUUGGACCAGAUACAGAUGCGCUCUGUCUCUAUUUUUGUAAAAGAUUAUUAUGCAUGGUUUAAACGAAGCUUCAUGUAGCUACAGGCGGUUAUUGCUGUUAAAGGACCAAAGUAUCUUCUACCCCCUUGCUGUUUUUUGUAGUGUUGUGAUUUGAGUUUUUCCACAUUUCCACACAAGUUUCCCCUUUUUUUCCGUUUCUCCGAUGCCUUGGACAAUUGUCACAUGAAGUUAUAUCAGCCUAUACUGUAUAUUGUAUCCCUUUCUGUUGGAUUGAUAUUACAAAGAGCCUACUUUGGUAGAGAUUGCUUUAGAACGGAUACCUAAUUGAACCACAGUCCUAGCUGUGAUGUUGAUGGUGUAGAAGAUUAUAUGCCUUUAAAUUGUUUUUUUUUUGUUAAAAGCUUUUAUGUUUCUCUCCUUUUUUUUAUAUAUGGGGGCGGGGUGGGGUUAUUGUAUGAAGCGGGGUUGAUGGUUGUAUAUAUUCAUGUUUUUGUACCACAAAAAUCAUUUGGAUUAUAUCCUCUUUACGUUCAAAACAUGUAUAUUUUGAUAAAACAAAUACAGACCUAUUGAGCUCUGCGGAGCUGUAAAAACACAAAAAAACUUUUGUAACACAAAGACAUUAAACCUAUCUGAACACACAAGUGUCUCUGUAUGUGCCCCCCCACCCAACCCCCUUCUUUUGCCAUUCUGUUCUUGUCUCUUGCAUCUUCUGCUGCCUUCAAUAAAUCUUUAGUUUGUUCCUUC